AUGAGCUUUCUCGCCGGGCGCCUCGCCGCACAGGAGGGUGCAUACUUCCUCCAGGAGUCCAGGAACGCCGCCGGCCGCCUCGCGCAGAAGCUCCCCGCGCCCGAACAUGGGCCCAGGCCGGCAUCCCCGCCUCCGUCGGCCGACGUGCUCCCGGAGAUCCUCCGCCACUCCAUGCCUUUAAGGCCCACGCUGCCUCCGCCCAACUCAACCCUGUACGGUUCCACCCGCUUGGCCCUCCCACCAGGCGGCGCAGAGGCUGCCGGCGUGGCCCCCGACGUGCUCAGCCCGCUCCGGUCGUACGUCGCGCUGCCGCAGGCCACCUUCGGCCUCGGCCCCAAAAGGUGCGCCUCUGGCGCCUUCGGUAUUGAUCUAAUUUUUUCGCUCAAGGUUUCAUGUGGAUUUAUUUACAGAUGGGAACUUCCAACUGACAGGCCUCACUAUUCAUCAUCAAGCACCAAUGAGGGGCGGCAUGAUAUGCAUCCUCCUCCCAUGGACCCUGAGAAGUUGAAGGCCGUAAUUGCUAGAUACUCACAGUUUGGAAAGGCGCUCCUUAGGAUUGCUGGGACUAUAUUGGUGAUUGGAGAAGCAACAGCUGAGCUGCUGUAUACUGCGAAUAAGCUUCAGUUGCAUUCUGUCGACGACGUCAGAGCUAAAGGAAAAGAACAAGCUGAUAUGGUCAAAGUACAACUAGCUCCACUAAGGAAAUGGGCUGAAGACACGUCCCGAAAAUGGCAUUACGAAGGCAACAAAGAGUCCAAGGAGAAGCCUCUCCUUGAUAGAGAGCUUUCAAGAGCACUUAGUGCUAAGACACGUCCGAAUUGA